CACAAAUCAUGAAUGUUUCCCUCUCCCCAUGAGACAACAUUCAUGAUUUGUCCACAUUCUUCCCACCUGCUGCAUACCACAAACCAUCAAGAAACACCUCUUCUGCAUCAUUGGGUUCUUCUUGUCCACCCCCAUUCCACCAAAUCUGAUCAUUUUCGCCGCAACCGAAUGAUGAAAUCGGGCGAGAAAACUCGGGGAAGGAUUGCAUGAGAAUUGAAGAGAGGAGAGGGGGAAAAAUGGGUGCUUGCUGUACCUGCCAAAGAGUUAAGAGUUAUGAUGGGUAUGGAGUUGGAAAUGUGGUGAACAACAGAGAGGAGAGGGAGGUUGAAGAUGAACACGAAGGGAUUGUUGGAAGAGGCGAUUUCGGGGCACGGGUUAGGUUCCAUGGCUCUUCUAGGUUUGUUUCCAUGUAUUCCCAACAAGGUAGAAAGGGUGUCAAUCAAGAUGCCAUGACUGUGUGGGAGCACUUUGGUGGAGAAAGAGGUUCGUAUUUUUGUGGCGUGUUUGAUGGGCACGGACCGUCCGGUCAUAGGGUGGCGCAUUACGUUCGCGACCGCUUACCAUCAAAGCUUUCGCUGUCUUCAAAGGACGGCGAUGGCAUGGGGGGCGAGAAUAUAGAGAAAGAUGUCCACGAGGUUCCACUGUUUUCCAUAUGGAAAUCGCAUUUCCUCAAGUCGUUUAGGGACAUGGAUGAUGAACUCGAAGGGGAGGGAAGGAUUGACAGCUACUGCAGCGGCACAACGGCGGUCACGUUAAUUAAACAAGGUGAACAUUUGGUGAUUGGGAAUCUAGGGGACUCUCGUGCUGUCAUGUGCACCAGAGAUGACACGGAUCAGCUUGUCCCAGAACAACUCACCGUCGACUUGAAGCCUAAUCUUCCAAGUGAAUCAGAACGCAUUAAAGACUGUCAAGGAAGGGUGAUGGCAACAGAAGAAGAACCAAAUGUGUUUAGGGUGUGGAUGCCCGAUCAGGAUUGUCCCGGUCUUGCCAUGGCUCGAGCCUUCGGAGACUUCUGCUUGAAAGACUUUGGCCUCAUCUCCACUCCAGAGACUUACUAUCGAAAAAUCUCUGACCGAGACGAAUUCGUUGUUCUAGCCACCGACGGGGUGUGGGACGUCCUAAGCAACUACGAGGUGAUCAGAACGGUGGCUUCGGUGAGGAAGCGGUCAAUGGCGGCGCGUGUGCUGGUAGAGCGGGCGGUUCGGGCAUGGAAGCACAAGUACCCGUGCUCCAAGGUCGACGAUUGUGCGGUCAUAUGUUUGUUCUUCAAACGCCCGAGACCAACGCUGACCAAAUCCGUGUCUGAGGUGACCCAGCUCAGCAUGAGCUUCCCGCAACACGGAGGUUGUGGUACCGAUAACUCCCCCAUCACGGCCCACACGGACGAUGGCCUCGACACACUCCUAAACUAUAAGGUUGACAAUGAAGAGGGGGAUGAAGUGGCCGGCCGCGGUGGUGCUGGAGGAGGAGGCGGCGAGGAAUGCCAAUGCCGACACAGAGCUCGGAACCGUCCGACCCCGACCCAAAAUUUUGACUAGUGUGUCUUUUGUAUGUAUCCAUAAAUCUUCUACAUUUUU